AUGCCGUUCUUGAAGGGGCCCCUUGUGGGGCCCAAGAAAAAGACUGCUGCUGCUGCUGCUGCUGCUGCUGCUGCUGAAGGGAGUGCUGCUCCUGCUAAAGCAAACGAUAAAAAGAAAAAGAAACAUCUACUAAAACAUCAGGAAGAUGCAGCAGCAGAAGCGGAGCUGUCUGGUAGCUGCCCGGAGCAGCAGCAGCAACAGCAGCAGCAACAAGCAGCAUCUGACGAUCCCCGCGACGGCUUACCAUCAACACCCCAACAGCAGCAGCAACAAGAGCAGCAGCAGCAGCAACAACAACAAACCAGCGACUCAGGUGCAGCACACGACUCGGAUGGAGCCUCUACUGCAGCAAUAGCAGCAGAUGCAGCAGCAGCAGCAGCAGCAGCAGAUGCAGCAACAGGCGAAGCAGCAUCAGCGGACGUAGCAGCAGCCGCAGCACCAGAAGGGGAAGCAGCAGCAGCAGACCCAGCAGCAGCAGCAGCAGGCGAAGGAGCAGCAGCAGCAGCAGCAGAUGCAGCAGCAGCAGCAGAUGCAGCAGUUGCAGGAGGCUUCCGCUCUAGUGGUGAAGGUGCUUCUUCAGCAUUCGAGGCUAUGAUUGCUGCGGGGCCCCUUGAGGAGCCUCUGCUGCAGCGGGGAUGUGCUGUUGCAGUUCGUGUUCGCCCUGAGUCUAUACAAGAGGUACAGACGGGGGCCCCCUGCUGCUUGCAUGUGGGGCCCCCGGUGGGGGCCCCCCCUAUGGGCCCCUUAGGGGGCCCCCCUGGGGGCCCCCAAGGGGGCCCCUACCCACGUGAGGUCCGGGUACAGGGGCCUAGGAGUCUUAUGUAUGAGUUUUCUUUUGAUUAUGUCUUCAUACAAAGAACAACGCAAGAAGAAGUGUUUGCUGUCUGCUGCCGCCCUUUAAUUGCUGCUGCACUUAAAGGCAUAUCAGGGGCUGUUCUGGUGUACGGACAGACAGGUGCAGGUAAAACAUAUACGAUGAUGGGUCCAGCUGAUGGAUCUGGGGGGCCCCUCUGGGGGCCCCCAUAUAGCAGCAACCGCUCGCAAAAUAAACGCCUACAAAAUCGUACACAGCAAAACAGCAGCAGCAGCAGCAGCAGCAGGAGCAGGAGGAGCAGCAGGCGCGUGUAUCCCUCAUCUAUACGUACUAUAGGGCCUCAGCAGGGGCCCCGUGCGAACAGCAGCUACAAGACACAGGCCGGGGGGUCCCCUAAUCCUCGCUGGUCACAAACCUUGGGGCCCCCGUACCCUCCAGGGGGGCCCCCAGAAAAUAAUGCAGCAGAGACGCAGCAAAUUUGGCUGAACGCCUUCAAUGAGGCCCCCUGGAACACCAUAGGGGAGCUAGAAGAAGGGAAGGGCCCCCAAGAGGGGGGCCCCCAGAGGUGGGGCCCCCAAGAGGGGGGCCCCCAGGGGUGGGGCCCCCAAGAGGGGGGCCCCCAGGGGUGGGGCCCCCAAGAGGGGGGCCCCCAGGGGUGGGGCCCCCAAGAGGGGGGCCCCCCUCUUGGAGGGGGUGAAGGAGACAGCGAAUUGCAGCGGCACUCUGAGCAAAUAACAGACUUUCGUGGUUUGAUGCCUCGCGCUCUAGAGGAGUUGUUCAAAGCAAUAGAGAGUCGGAAGGCCCCCUGCCAAGCAGGCUCUGGGGGCCCCUCUUGCAGGGGCCCCCAGGGGGGCCCCCAAGAGGGGGGCACCCAAGAGGGGGGCCCCCAGGGGGGCCCCCAGGGGGCCCCCAUUGGGGGGGGCGUUGAGGUGCAGCUAAGUGCUACUUUGGUUGAGAUAUAUAAUGAACGGAUACAAGACCUGCUAGACCCUUCUAGGGGCCCCCUAACAGUUAGGGAGGCCCCCAACGGGCAGACAGUUGUUUCAGGUGCAACAGAGGCCCCUUUAACAAGCUAUCAGCAAGCGAUGCAGCUGCUGUGGGAGGGGCUUCAGAGUCGCCAGUGCGGCUUAACAGCAGCAAACUCUGUUUCGUCAAGAAGUCAUGCCUUUCUAUCAAUAACAUUGCAGCAACGCUGUCGCACCGAGGGUCUCCUAACUGUCUCUACUUUAAACUUCUUUGAUUUAGCAGGCAGCGAGAAAGGAGACACAACAAAAGGAGACAGUACAGCACAAGAGACAAACAGCAUCAACCGCUCUCUCUUAGCUUUAGGAAACGUAAUAAAUGCUCUUACAGCAGGUGGGGGCCCCCGGGGGCCCCCCCCCUCUCGUGAGGGUGGGGGGCCCCCAAUGGCUAGGCAGCAGCAGCAAGCCAUUGGUGUGCUGCAGCAGCUCGUACCCGUGGGGGCCCCCGUUACAGUGCAGCAGAUUUCUCUGCUACGUAAAGCAGCAGCAGCAGCAAAGGAAGCAGUUCUAGCUGAUGCAGCAGCACACUUCUCGGGGGGCCCCUAUGCUCAUACUGGGGACCUCCAAAACAGCAGCAGCAGGCUCUUUACAAGGACAUCAGCAGCAACGCCACCUGCUGCAGCAACAACUGCAACAACAACAGCAGCAGCAGCAGCAGCAGCACGCUCUGCUGCAGCAGCAGAAAGAAGACGCUCGCAGUCGUGUCCCCCUCCAAGGGGCCCCCUCAGCCAGCCAGUCAAUAGGGGCCCCAGGGGGCCCCCCUCCACCUUUGCCAUAGAUAGAUCAGCUAUGAAGGGGGGGCCCCCAGGGGGGCCCCCGAGGGGCCCCCCGGGGUCUAUAAGGGCCCCCACACGUGUUCCUCAAGCAGCAGCAGCACGGACUAGAGGACCUGCUGCUGCUGCUGCAGCACAAAGAAGGAAGGAGACAGGACUGGAGAGACAGAGAAGCACACAAGCAGCAAGAAGAGCUGCUGCAGCAAGACAGCCACUUAGGGCCAACGGUGUGCAGCGAACAGCAGCAGCAGCAACACCAGCAGCAGCAACAGCAGAGACAACGCCUGCAGCAGCAGCAGCAGCAGGGGAGAAGCUGUCCAAAGGAGAUAGCCCCCUAGACAACGAGGAGGCAUCCGUUAACUGGCUGCCUCAAGCCAAGGAGGGGGGGCCCCCCCUCGGGUGA